UUAAGGAGAACUUAUGUCAAUAUAUGUAUGUAUUAAAAUAAUUCAUUCGACAUAUCUUUAUUUUCAAUGAGAAUUCUAAAAGUUUGAUUUUGUUUUAAAUAUCUGAAAAUCUUUCUUAUUAGACGAUAGAAUUUCGAUUAACUUUUUCUUUCUUUAAAUUUAGAACAUAACUAUAAUUAGAAUAAGAAUAACUAUAUUCAUAACUAUAACUUUAACCAAUAUUUUUCCAUUUAGUUUAUGCUUUGACAUCAGUUGAGGUUUCGAUAAUGUAAGUACUUACAUAUAUCAUAAUAUAUAAUCCAUUAUUAUAUUAAUAACAUAUGCAUAUCGACGUGUAAUUCUAUCAAAUUAAACGGCAUAUUAUAAUUUUUUAUUUAUAUUUCUAAUAACGAUUAUGAAUGUAAUAAAUAUUCUAUUUUCUAUGACUUUGUUGCAUGAAACUGUACGGUAAACUGUCUCUUUGUUGUUCGAGUGAAGGAUUAUGUCCGUUGUAAAUUUAUAAUCCGUAUUCGUGGUACGCACGAUGAUUGUGUAUUUGUCUCUAGCUAUUCGAAACGUCGCGUCGCCUCUGCGAUUAAUAAAUACUAAAAGGUCGAAAUUGACGCCACCGUCGAUAAAAUACACGCGCUCAGCUACGAAAUUCCUGCAACUGCGUGUAUUGUGAAUUUAUGAGGCUAUCCCGCGAUAGGAAUUCGUAUUAUGUAAAUACGAGUAUGUAACGCACCAGCCGUGCCUUUAAAUAAAGUCUUCUACAGUGUCGUGGACGACACAAAGCCGCACGAUAUUGUAUUAUAUUAAUAGAUGUAGUUCCACCUGUUGUCUGACGUUUCCUAUUCCCAAUCGCGGCUGUUGCUCCUCGCUCGUUGAACAGCGAGGCCUUCAAAUAAUUUAACAAAUUCAACAAAUCUCAGAAAAAAAAUAUUAAUUGACAGUAAUUAUAAUUUCUCGAUUGUGACGUGUGAUAGUAGUUACCUUUUUCAUAAUUUGAUGACAUUCGUUCUUGUCAAUAUACAUUAUACUUUAUUUUCACAAAGAUGGUGGAUGCUUUGCAAAAUUGGAGUCCUUAUGCCAAAAAAUAUGAACCCUUGAAAGCAGGUAGCAUUGACGGUACAGAUACAGAACCACAUGAUAAAGCUAUUAGUCGUGCAAUGCAGGCACAUUAUGAACCACCUCAUGGAUUGAAAUCAAAACCAGAAAGGACAUUAUUUGUCGCCAGAUUUGGCCCAAAAAUUACCAAACAUGAUUUAAAGGAGUUUUUUUCUAGAUAUGGAGAAGUUAUAUCUGCAAAAGUUAUAGUUGAUGUUGUGACUGGAUUAUCCCAAGGUUAUGGAUUUAUUGAAAUGAGAAACGAGGAUGAAGCUAGAAGAGUAAUUAGACGUUGCGUAGAUGCUACGUUAAAAGGCUAUCAAAUUUUUAUAGAUUACGAGUGUGGACGUACUUUGCAUGGGUGGAAACCAAGGAGACUUGGUGGUGGUUUUGGUGGCAAAAAGGGGUCAGGUCAACUUAGAUUUGGUGGAAGAGAUAGACCUUUUAAAAAACCAAUCGUACCUCAUAUAAUUAGGUCAAAUCCUCAUCAUGAACAACAUUAUCAUUAUGAAGAACAUCAUCAGUAUCAAGAACAUCACCAUCAAGGAUCACAUCAACGUUAUUACCACCAUUAAGAAAGUAUAAUUAAAAUCUUUUAAUAAUUUUGACAUUAAAAUAUGUUGUAACAAUGUUGUCGCGAUGUACCUGCGUUUGUUCAAAGAUUUGUUUGCAGAUUUUGUAAUGUUGACUUCACUCUGGUAGAAAUACUUGAAAUUUACACUUAUUUUGUGAAAUAUAUUUUAACGUAUUAUAUAUUAUAAGUAAUGUAUAAAUUAAGAAGAAAAUAUCAAUUACUAAAAAUAAAAUAAAUUUAAUGUCAAACUUUUAACGAAGAAACAAAUGUUUAAUA